AUGUUCAACAAAGCUGCCCUCCUUCUUGCUGUUUCCCUUGCGGUCUCCGCCAUCGCGGGUCCCACUGUUGCCAGUGCUCCCCCCGCGCCGCAUGCGGGCCUCGCUAUUCCUCUGGGCAGGCGCGCUGCUCUGACUAAGGCUGAUGGCGUCUUCGACCUCGACAAGGCCAUCGCCCAUAAUGUUUUCGUUGCCAACAAGCAUCGUAACAACCUCAUUGCUCUUCAAAAAAACAAGGGUGUUGCGGCCUUCAACGCGGGUGCCGAGAUCAAAGAGUUGCGCAAGAUUCCUGUUGAUGUCGAGGCCCGUCUCCGGCAGAGCGUCGCCAAGCGUCAAGCAGAGCCUCUUACUAACAUACAGAAUGACCUUGAAUGGGCUGGCACGGUCUCCAUCGGCACGCCUGCCCAAAAAUUCCUCAUUGAUUUUGACAGCAACGUCUGCAAGAGUAAGAAGCGUUAUGCCGCAUCCUCUUCUUCGACUAGCUCCAAGAAGUCGGGCUCCUUCUCCAUCCAAUACGGCGAUGGUUCAACCGUCAGUGGGCCUAUUCACUCCGACACCGUUGAUGUUGCUGGCGUUGUCGCCGUUAAGCAACACUUCUCCCCCGUGACCACCCUCUCGCACAGUUUCAGUGACGACCCGAUUGACGGUAUCAUGGGUAUGGCAUUCCCCGAAAUCUCCAACAUAGGCGAAAGCCCCUUUUUCGAUACUGCCCAUAGUGCUGGGAACGUCGACUCCAACAUGUUCUCGUUCUACCUCGCCUCGACUGGUUCUGAGCUCUACCUCGGUGGCACCAACUCCAAGUUGUACUCGGGUGACAUUGAGUAUGUCCCAGUUGCGGCAUCGAGCGGUUUUUGGCAGGCGACAGGCGCCAAAAUCAAGGUCGGCUCGACCACCGUCCUCCAAGAUUUCCAAGCCAUCAUUGACUCUGGCACUACCAUCAUGUACGGUCCUCCCGCUUCCGUCAAAGAGGUCUUCUCCCAUGUAGAAGGCUCGCAGCUCUUUGAUUCCGCCUCCGGCUUCUACUCAUACCCCUGCGACAACCCGCCCAAGUUGUCGUUUAACUACGGCGGUAAAGACUGGACCAUCUCCGCCGACAACAUAAACCUCGGCAAGACCAAAGAAGGUUCCAGCUCUUGCAUUGCUUCUCUCUCCGCACAAAACCUCGGACUCGGUGAAGGCGUCUGGCUGCUCGGCGACUCUUUCAUGAAGAAUACCUACACUGUUUUUAAUGUGGACAAGAAGGCGGUCGGCUUCGCUUCUCUUGCGUGA